AUGAGUUCUCCUGAAUUAUGGGGCCCCACACAAGGACAAUUUUGCUUUCCUUCUGUUAACAAUUCAUGCCCUAAAAAUGUGAGGUCGGUGUUUACUGUCUUCGCCAUGUACGUGCUCAUGAUCGGCGCUAUAGUGAUGACCAUGCUGGGCAACAUGGUCGUCAUCAUCUCCAUUGCCCACUUCAAGCAACUGCACUCCCCGACCAACUUCUUGAUCCUGUCCAUGGCCACCACUGACUUCUUGCUGAGCUGUGUGGUCAUGCCUUUCAGUAUGAUCAGAUCCAUUGAGUCCUGCUGGUACUUUGGGGACCUCUUUUGCAAAGUCCACAGCUGCUGCGACAUCAUGCUCUGCACCACCUCCAUUUUUCACCUUUGCUUCAUCUCAGUUGAUCGCUAUUAUGCCGUCUGUGACCCUUUGCAUUAUGUCACCAAAAUUACUAUUCCUGUCAUAGAGGUCUUUCUCCUCAUCAGUUGGUCCAUCCCUGUCUUUUUUGCCUUUGGGCUGGUAUUCUCUGAAUUAAACUUAAUUGGUGCCGAAGAUUUUGUUGCAGCCAUUGACUGCACAGGAUUAUGCGUGUUGAUAUUUAACAGGCUCUGGGGUGUGCUGGCCUCCUUCAUAGCAUUCUUUCUGCCUGGCACAGUAAUGGUGGGCAUUUACAUUCACAUUUUCACAGUAGCCAGGAAGCAUGCAAAGCAAAUUGGUACAGGUCCUAAAACAAAACAGGGUGGGUCAGAAAGCAAAACAAAAGCUUCAUCCAAAAAGGAAAGCAAGGCCACCAAGACUUUAAGCAUAGUCAUGGGAGUGUUCGUGCUGUGCUGGUUACCCUUCUUCGUCUUGACAAUCACAGACCCUUUCAUUAAUUUUACAACUCCGGAAGAUUUAUACAAUGUCUUCCUCUGGCUGGGUUAUUUCAAUUCUACCUUCAAUCCCAUCAUAUAUGGCAUGUUUUAUCCCUGGUUUCGCAAGGCAUUGAGAAUGAUUGUCACUGGGAUGAUCUUCCGCCCUGAUUCCUCUACCCUCAGCUUGUUUCCUGCACAUGGUUAG